CCCCAGCCUCCAGUUCCCGCCGCCAACCUCGGACCACGACGCCCACCAGAAAGCAGCCAGAGAAACCCAGGAUAGAUCUGCAAAACCACAGUGUCAGAGACAAUGACGUUCCCAAUCUUCCCACCCCUCCACAGUUCCACUGCGGCUUGUGAAUGUGAUCGACCCAAGAUGCAGAUCCGCCGCGGCUGCGCAGCCAGACAGGUUUGUCGUGACACAGACUCGGUCGGUUUAUUUUCGCUUUUCGCGAUGCAGAUAAAUAGCCGGCGUUCCCUCGCCCCCUUAUUUGAUCGUAUCUGCGACGCCCCAUAAAACGGUGAAGUUGUAAGCGAAAUGUUCAUCACAGCAAUGGCCUCGUUCGCAUUCGCGAACCUCAACCCGACGAAUUAUCUCGGCGGCGUCAGUUUUCGGCCGGAGCGCGAUAUUCCUGAUCUGUCGGGGAAGGUUGUGCUUGUUACUGGGGGAAACGCCGGCCUGGGUAAAGAGACCAUUCGUCAACUAUUACAGCAUGACCCAGCACACAUCUUCCUGGCCGCGCGCUCGGAGCAAAAAGCCAAAGCAGCCCUCGAUGAAUUGAAAGCGUCUGCCCCCGAUGGGAAUACAACAUUAACAUGGCUCCCACUGGACCUCUCCUCAACUACAUCCGUCCGCGACGCCGCAGCAACUUUCAAAGCGCAGUCCCACCGGCUGGACAUCCUAAUCCUAAACGCCGGCGUCAUGUCGCUGCCCCCCGGCGAAACAGACCUCGGCCACGAGAUCCAGCUCGGGACGAAUCACACGGGGCAUUUCCUACUCACGACGCUUCUCCUGUCCACACUCCUCCGGACGGCAGAGGAGGAGCCCGAUUCGGACGUCCGCGUUGUCUCGCUCUCGUCGAUAGGACAUAACCUCGCGCCCACAUUCGACACAAUCCUCGACCAGGAAAAGCUGAAGCGGUGCAACACGCACGCGCGCUACGGCGCGAGUAAGGUCGCAAACAUCCUCUUCGCGGCCGAGCUCGCGCGCCGAUACCCUUCCAUCACAUCCGUCUCCGUACACCCGGGGCUCAUCGCAACGGAUCUAUACGGCCCGAUCGGGAAGCGGAAUCCCGUUGCGGCGCUGGGGAGUAGAGUGCUGGGUGCUGUGGGGACGCAGGUUGAUGCGGGGGCAAGGAAUCAGCUUUGGGCGGCUGCUGGGGCGACGAAGGAUGAGCUGGUUAAUGGGGCGUAUUAUGUGCCUGUCGGGAUUCGUAAGGGGUUUAAUCCGUAUGUAAGGAGUGAGGAGAUGGGGAGGGAGUUGUGGGAGUGGAGUGAGAGGGAGGUUAGGAGGGGAACGCGUUCCCCAAGGCUGUAACUAUAUCUAUCUUGGUCGAGAUCUUGGGUUUGGAUACUUGGAGUUGGUAAUGCUUGGCUGGUUAGUAAAUGUAAUCUUUGGAUCCUUAUCUCAGAUCGUGGAUGAGUGGUGACGCCAUGGCGACUGGGAAC